CCCUAUCUAUUCCCUCAAACCAUUCAACCUUCCAUCUUCUUCUCCUAGCCUUUUGGUUACUAUAAUUACACGAGACGUUGGUCGUCGUCUCACAACAUAAAGGCAGUGGCGACGAUGGAGUUUUCUUUCUUCACGUUGGCAACUAUGGUUGCUUUACUACUUUCCAUGAGUUUGGUCGUCUCUUCUUCUACUUUUCAUGACCAAAAAACCUAUAAUUCUCACCACCACAAUACCAAAACUCCAAGCACACCAUCUGGAGGUCACCAUUCAACAACACCCUCUGUGAACUGUGAUAAUCCCCCACACGGCGGUGGCGGCGGCGGCGGUGGAGGCCAUCAUCAUGACCCUACUACCCCCUCCUAUUCUCCUCCUUCAGGGCACCAUGGUGGCGGCGGCGGUUAUUAUCACUCACCUCCAACUUAUACUCCCACUCCGACUACCCCAACCACCCCCAUUACAACACCACCGGUUGAUCCAGGGACUCCCACCACCCCCUCCCUCCCUACCCCAUCAACCCCAUAUUCACCUGAUCCAAACACCCCCCCAUUCUACUCACCUCCGUCCGGAACGCCGCCAUACUACACUCCUCCCUCUGGAACGCCUCCAUAUCCAUUUGACCCUAACACGCCUCCAGCUGGAACACCUCCUACUGGAUUUUAUCCAACUUCUCCACCCUUCCCCUGCAUUUUCUGGAAGACGCACCCAAUGCAAAUCUGGGGAUUGGUGGGGUGGAACGGAAACACCAUUCGCAGCAUGUUUGGUAUGAACAACAAUAACAUUCCAGGUUUCAGUGGAAGCGUGAACCUUCUAGAAGCACUGUCCAAUACCCGUACGGACGGGUACGGAGCGCUGUACAGGGAAGGCACGGCGGCUAUGCUCAACUCCAUGAUCACCAAGAACUUCCCUUACACAACUCAGCAAGUGAGGGACAGUUUUGGGCGUGCGGCGCUUAGUUCAAAUCAGGCCGCCGCUGCUCAGGCCCGGCUCUUCAAAUCGGCUAACGAGGGUCACCUAAAGCCUAGAUCUUAAUUAUUGAUUAUUAUGUUUUUCUGAUUUCUUUGAUUUUCAUGUCACUGUCAGUAUCAAGACCGCUACUUUAAGGUUUCCCCAUGGAUUUCCUUAGCUUGUUGGUAUUAUACUAUUAUUAUUGUUGUUGUUGCAUGUGUGCAAUGUAAGUGUCUUUACGACGAUGAAUAUGGAGUGCGUGUUUUUAAUUGGCUUUCAAUGUCACAACAUUAAUUUAAGAAUAUUUGUUUCUUUAUGUC